UGAACCCUACUUUUAUGGCCUCAUGGCUUUCCUUAAGAAGCAUUCCAUGCAGCACAUUUCUUCGAUCCCAUCCCAUCCCAUCUGGCUGACUCCCCACGGUCAACAGGAGUCCUCACCCUGGGAUCAUUCUGCAAUCCCCAUGGCUCCAGCUCCCAGCUUCUGUGGACACCAGUGGACUUACAACCCUGUCCGAGGGUCCUGUCUGCUCCUGCUGCUGGUCAUGUCAAAUCUGCUGCUGUGCCAAGGCAACUCAUGCCCGUCCUGCUGUCCUGACGUGUUUGACAUCCCCCUGGAAUCUCUUACACACCUGUUUCUCAAUGCCUCCAGGCUGUCACAUGAUAUCGUUAACCAUACCACCAUAAUGUUCCAUGAGUUUGAUGAAAAAUAUGCCCAGAACCAACCGUACACUAUCAAUGCCACGAAAAGCUGCCAUACCAAUUCCCUCCAUACUCCCCAACAAAGAGAAGAAGCCCUAAGGAUGAACAAUGAAGACCUUAGUAAGUGGAUACUCAUGUUACUGUACUCCUGGCAUAGACCUCUGUAUCUUCUAGUCAAGUACCUGAAGAGUAUGAAAGAAGUCUCAGAUACUAUCCUAUCAAGUGCCAAAGAGAACAUGAGAAAAAUAGAAGAACUUCAAGCAUUCAUAGAGAGGCAAUUCAGCCAGGUUAUUUAUCCAGUAAUACGGACAAUAUUCAAGGCUCGCAUUUACUGGUCAGGACUCGCAUCCCUGGUGUCCAACGAUGAAGAUGUGCGUCAUUCUGCAUUUUACAAGCUGUUCAUGUGCCUGUAUAGGGAUUCACGUAAACUUGACAUGUACACCAAGAUCUUGGCGUGCCGAAUCACCAACACGUGCUAAAUCCAUAUCCAUCCCAUCCAGCUCUGAGGUGGUCAUGAUGAUAUAUCCCACAGCAAGCUUCUUGGAAAUUUAUAGCUUUUUAUGCAUGCUCUGUGAAAUGGGUCUCCUCUUAAAAAAAUAAACACAGACUCUGUAGA